AUGAUGCAGUAUUUUACAACUGCAUUACUCAGAGUAGUAUGUCACGUUUUGGCGCCUUUUCAGCUUACUUGGCUUGGAGCUGAAAUGACUGUUGGCGCACCAUGGUUUUCUUCAAGCAUCAAUAGUGAAAAUCUCUAUCUCUCUCCAGAAAAAAUGGCACGACGUCCUGGCAAUGACUAUUCAUAUGAGCGUCAACGUGGUCCAGAUCGAGCAGAAAUGCUGCCCGUCCGAUUUGAUGAAAGCCCCAUACACAUGCCAGAAAUUGGUGGUCACCCCCGGCGUGGUCGAGAACAGCGCCAUGUUGCUGGAUUACCUUCUCCACGAGGCACCACGUUUGAUGAAGAUAAUUUCUACAAUUCUUACAAUGAUCUGCGGACAGCCAGACUACCUCGCCGCCGCACUAUAUCGCCAAGUCCCCCACCGCCUGGAUUUGCUCAAAGUCGCCCAAGAAGUCCGUCGGUCCCAUCUUUAGCUUCUAUCGAACGUCGUAGGGCCCAUGAAUUCACUGAUCCUGGUAGUUAUAUGGGAUACAAGCCGGCAUCACAUUACAUUCCGGCCUCUCCUGUUGUCAAUAAGGAAAGAAUUGGUGACGAGUAUUACUCGGGCAGAGCGGCUGCGAGAUGCUCACCAUACUACGCUCGUCAUACAAGGUCGCGCAGCAAACGGCGAUCCAGAUCUAGAUCUCGCAGUCGACAUCGAUACUCUAGGUCUCGCAGCUCAAGUCAUGGUAGAGUACCUAUUCUCAAUAGAUAUGAUGUAAGGUAUGGAGGCCUCGGGACUAGGACCGCGGGAAUCGAUUUUGGAUUAUCCAUACCCGAGUCUGAGACCUAUCCUUUCACGCUUUCGCGUCAUAAUAAAGAUACUCAACAGACAGAAAAUAUUCAAGACUCAAACUCAAGAUAUUCCGAAAAGAGAUUUCCAACUCCUCCGCUCCAGCCACAUAAAGCUUUGAUGGUACAUCGCCCCAAAGUUGAUAGGAUAAUACAAUCUCAUUACACAGGCGACGGAUUCAUGGGCGGAAUGCACUCUCUUGAACUUACGGUGGCCGCUGGGCAAGCUACGUCUACUGGGAGAUUGCCUGUACCACUUUUCAAUUGGAUCCGUUUUGAAGAUUCGUCUAUGGACUUUGAUAGCUUUCAGAAUGGCAUACUGAAUCUUGACGGAAUUAAAGAAGGUGAAAGAUUUGGAAUCUCUAGAUUAUUGGAGCGCGUGAAAAGAAGAUAUGACAAAACAUUGCAAGUUUCUAGCCGCAUCAAAGUUCGGCAUAUGAUUCCAAAGCUUCUACAAGAGCCAUUCCAUGAUGAAGCUCCUUCCGCAGAAACUAAGUCAAGGAAACUUACAUGGCUUUGUCUACCAUAUUUUAGUCUCCAAAAAUACGCGUCUUCAGAUUUACAGCCUUCAUCCCACCCCCCACGGACUCUGCUACAGAUACGGCAAUCUAUGACACCAAAAGAGCGCGAUUUGAAGCAAGCUGAUUUUGUGAAUCACUUCUUCGAAUUGUGGCCACUCAGGUUUGGAUUCACAUACCGUGGAAAUGCCAUCUCAUCCAAGGAUUGGCCAAGGAUCUUCAACCAAGCGGAGAGGUCGAAAGUUUGUCUUGAAUUGAAAUUUAGCUCGAAAUUCAAAAUGUCCCCGACUGGGGUUUUGGUAGCACCAAGGGAUUCCAUUGGAGAAUUUGAUCAGAAUGAGCGACAAGAUUCAGAAGAAGAUGGUGCCUCUAACCAAGCAGACUCGAAUAUUGCUGAUUUGGACACGCCAAAAUCAGAUCCCUAUGCAAAAGAUUCCAAUUCUCCGUCUGCUCGUUCUGCGACAGCAACAAAACCGCGUUUGUCGAAUGAAUUUCACACAUUCAUCUGGAUGAAUACGCACAUUGACAUGUCGAAUAGUCCAAAAACUGCGAGAAACUCCUCAAGCUCUAAUCCUAUUGCGAGCAUUAACGAGAAUUUACUGCAGGAUGAUCUACAAGAGAUUGAUGACUACCUUCUGCAGAAAACCAACUUCAACGAGCGCUUGACAUAUAAGUCUAGCUCAGGGCAUACAAGAAGGCAAUUCUAUGAUCUUUUGGUCGAGGUUGAAAGUAAGGUCCAGGCUGUCCAAUCACUUCGGUCAACCUACGAAUUGCAGGUGGAACUCGCCAAUGCUGCAGAGGUUUUAUUUGGGUUCUUUCUAUCACCUCAGCAUUCAAAUCCUACCACUCAAAAGUAUUGGGGUCCCCUUUAUGACAUAAUCAUGGCGAUGCUUCCGUAUGGUCUGAUCGAAAAAGAUGUGCCUUCAGAGAGCGAAAAUUCGAAUCCCGCGCCACAUAUGUUUUCUAACAGAGCUUGGGGUAUAGAUAUGAGAGAUGUUCGACAAAUAGUUGAAUGGUUGGAAACUAUAGGGAAACGAACGGAACUAUUCAAGGAGCUUUUGUCUGACGUACCAAUCGUGGAGCGCGGUGACAUCAAUAUUUCCGACAAGCUACCUCGAGCAUGGUUGCAUCUCCUCAUGGCUCUCGCCUGUGUGAAGGAUAUGUCACCUCUCUUGAACACACACAUGAAUCUUUGUCUAGAGCUUACGAACGAAGGUAUGAGCGAAACUAUUAAGACUCUUUCGAAGUACCGGCUUUCGGACUAUGUUGUCUUUGCGCCUUUCGACGUGGCUUCUCUCAUAACUUUUCAGCUUUCACAAGAUCUGACAGGCCCAUGUCCAGAUAUAUGUGAGACUUAUAUGGUUUAUAUGAGAUCUUUGGAAUUUGAUAUUGAAGCAGACCCAAUCAACCGAGAACAUCAAGGUAGAAUUACUGAUCUUAAGCAAGAGAUUUCAGUAAUUUUGGACACGCUAGAAAUUCAAAGAGAAGUUCUAUACGAUGCUCAGAAUGCUCAACUACGGCCGAAGCUUCAGGAUGGCAAAGUAAAUCGAGUCGUUCCUAAAUAUGAGUACAAACCAUCAACUUUUGCCGAACCCCGUGCCACGAAUCCCAUGAACUACGAGCCACCGGUUUAUUACCGCGAUAACUACGAGUUUGAUUUGAACAUUAAAACUCCAAGCCCUCUUGUUGAUCAGUCAUCUCCCAACAAUCCUCGUGGAGUAAAUGGCCUUCUCUUUCGAGAAAGCCUCGCGCUCAUCGAGGAACGCAUCGGAGUGUUCCGCGAUAUCAACGAACGUGCUACCUACCUAGAGAACUGGAACCUUCGCAGUAUUGAUGCGAACAAAGACAGACAAGAAACAGCCGUGUACGCAUUUACAAUCGUAACCAUCAUCUUUCUCCCACUAAGUACCGUUGCCUCCAUUCUCGGCAUGAACACAAACGAUGUCCGUAAUAUGGAUCUCACGCAAUGGCUUUUCUGGGUGAUAGCUAUACCCCUAACAGCGAUCAUCAUAGGCUUAGUAUUGAUAUGGUCCGAUGAAUGGUAUAAUUUCUGGAGCGGGUUUAGCAAUCUAUGGAAAAACAAGACUAAACGGAGAUAUGUAAGGCGGCCUGAAGAUUACACUAGGGUUGAGCCGAUGACUACGUUGAGCAUGGCGCCGGCAGCACGAGCAAGUGGGGUUUAUCCUGGGUAUUAUCCUCCGCCACCAGGACCAGUUCCAAGAUUGAGGAAAUCGCGUACAAUGUUUGAGGGUGGGGAUUAUGUAUCGAGGGGGUAUUAG